GGUUGAUCUUUGUUAUUACGUUUCCAAAAUUCCAAUAUGGCGCUUAGUAAAACCUUUGGGCAGAAACCUGUCAAAUUUCAGCUUGAAGAAGAUGGGGAUUAUUAUAUGAUUGGAUCGGAGGUUGGAAAUUACUUGCGUAUGUUCAGAGGUUCCUUGUAUAAGAGAUACCCCUCGCUAUGGAGGAAAUUGGCAUCAGUGGAGGAGCGGAAGAAAAUAGUGGAAUCAUCACAUGAUCAUGGUUACACAACCUUAGCUACCAGUGUGACUCUUCUGAAAGCAUCGGAGGUAGAGGAAAUCUUUGAAGGAAACGAUGAGAAGUACAAAGCUAUCUCUAUCAGCACAGAGCCUCCAGCCUACCUCAGGGAGCAGAAGGGUAAAAGGAAUAGCCAGUGGGUCCCCACACUGCCUAACAGUUCUCAUCAUCUGGAUGCCGUGCCCUGCUCCACCACGAUUAACCGCACCCGCUUAGGUCGAGACAAGAAGAGGACCUUCCCUCUCUGCUUUGAUGACCACGAUCCUGCCGUGAUCCACGAGAACGCCACCCAGUCUGAGGUUCUGGUUCCGAUCCGACUGGACAUGGAGAUAGAGGGCCAGAAGCUCAGGGAUGCUUUUACCUGGAAUAUGAACGAGAAGCUCAUGACUCCCGAGAUGUUUGCAGAGAUCCUGUGUGACGACUUGGACCUGAACCCUCUGGCCUUCGUCCCAGCCAUCGCCUCAGCCAUCCGCCAGCAGAUAGAGUCGUAUCCCACAGACAGCAUCCUGGAUGAACAGACUGACCAGAGGGUCAUCGUAAAGCUUAACAUCCAUGUCGGGAACAUCUCACUGGUGGACCAGUUUGAGUGGGACAUGUCAGAGAGGGAGAACUCUCCAGAGAAGUUUGCCCUGAAACUGUGUUCAGAGCUUGGCCUAGGGGGAGAGUUUGUCACCACCAUUGCCUACAGCAUCCGAGGACAACUUAGUUGGCAUCAGAGGACAUAUGCUUUCAGUGAGAACCCACUUCCCACGGUGGAGAUAGCCAUCCGGAACACAGGCGAAGCCGACCAAUGGUGCCCACUGCUCGAGACACUCACGGACGCAGAGAUGGAGAAGAAGAUCAGGGACCAGGACCGAAACACGCGGCGCAUGAGACGACUGGCAAACACGGCCCCAGCGUGGUAGGUAAGGUAAUGCUGUUUGGUCAGGACAGACAGAUGGCUGUGAAGUACUGGACUGAUGGAACUUGCCAGGUGAACGGCAUUAACACAGACAUUCCUUGAGCCUGUUUACCAGUGCAGGUCUUCAUCAGACACCUCUGCCCUACAGUCUUGACACCCAUCCACCCCGCAAUGUGUUCAUUUGAGCAGAGCUCUACCAGAAUGGAAAAUGACAAUGUUGUCCCUCUUCCCCUGUGUGGUGAACCUGUUCCCACUUUGACCACUGACUCUUCUGCUCACCCCCAAAGGAGAGAGGGGGGAAAAAAACACACAGGAAAACCCAGAAAAUAUUAUGUUGUAUUUGUCUUUUUGUACAUUUGAAUAAUUCUUACGAAAAUAAAAGUUAAAUGAUCUUCA